AUGGUUUUCACCGUCAACUUGGUGGACCAGUACGGUCGCAGAAAGUCAAUGUUGUGGGGGAGUGGUGGUUUGACAGUCUGCUACGUUAUUCUAGCUUUGAUCGCAAUGAACUUCUUCCCCACCGGCGGCGCGUUUAAAUCCGUCGUGGGCACUGUAACACUCGUGGGUUCGACGUCCAUAUUCGGAGUUUUCUGGCUGACGACCGUCUGGCUGAUUCCUACUGAGCUACAUCCGGACAAGGCGUGGACCUACUGGUUGUUCGCGGUAUUUGUGUUUGCCUUGUACCAACCUUUUCGCGGAUUUGCUGAUUUGGCUCUUCUUACCCGAGACUGGUUACCACGGUAA